CAGUGAUAUGGGAGUAUGUGCAUGAUAAAUGACGUUUAUAUAGUGAGAACGCACACUCUGGGCAAUGUGGCUUCAUCGUGGACCAACGGAAGGAAGCACGUGUGCCGUAUAUCUGGAGGGGGCGGGCAUGCGCUCACCAUCAUGUGUGAUGAAAAAACACAGUUCGAACAAGAUGCAGUGGAAUUCGCUUCGAGGGCCGUUCAGUUCGAUCGAGCUGGAGCUACAACCCCUGCCGCGUUUUAUUACAGGGAGGCAGCGCAAGCUCUUCAGUCGGCCUUUCUAGCUGGUUCACAGGUGGCUGGCCUUACGGAAAAAGCCAAUGAAUACCUGAACAGGGCAGAAGAGCUGCUGAGGCAGUCAUCACCGUCCACACAUGAGCUUGUGAGCAGCAAUGCCCAGCAGCUGCAGUUGGACCGGGCAAAGUUUUUGCUGCUGCAGGCGCUGGACGAAGAUGAGGCGUGCAACUCUGAAGAUGCCCUGGAACUCUACACGCAGGCUGUGGAGCUCUGCCUCCAGGCUGUGGCCACCUUUUACAAGGCCUUUCAAUUAUUUUUUUCUUUUUUUACACAGAGGAGCUCUACUGAAGACAAAGCACUACAAGAGAAGCUGACCAGCAUUGCCACAAAUGGCCUCGAAAGAGCUGAAGUGCUGAAAUGCAAGAUCCACGGAGCAGCCCCCAAGAGUCCCGUAUUACCCAAGUCCCGAAGUCCCCCCAGCAGACCGUGCCCCCAUCACAGAACAGGCAGGUUAGGCACCACUGCGGAGGACAACUACACGAAGGCUUCAUCUGCUGCAGGAGAUAAUCCAUCUGAAAAAAAGCUGUUCAUCAGUGGCAGUGAUGGCUACACCAAAGAAGAGAUUCAUGUCCUCCGUGUAACGUCAGUCAUCAAUGGGAGAGAGUAUGUGCCGUUCAUGGCAACGGACAGGCAGGAUCGGUUUGCCUUUAAGCUUCCCUUCAACGACCCUGACGGAAAGCUGCUGCUAUCCCCCAAGCAAAAAGACUCCUUCAGCCACUGGGUGCGUCCCGAAGACCUCUCCUCGGAUCCCAAGGUGAUCGAGCUGGUGGACUGCUUCAGCAUACGGCAGACCGUUGUGUCAGACUGUUCCUUCGUGGCCUCUCUAGCUGUGAGUGCACUGUAUGAGAAACGCUUCAAUAAAAAAAUUAUUACAAGCAUCAUUUACCCGCAAAACAGACAGGGUCAACCUGUUUACAAUCCCUGUGGAAAGUACACUGUGAAGCUCAACAUUAAUGGAGUUCCCAGAAAGGUCGUCGUUGAUGACACAUUGCCCAUUGGGAAGCAUUCCGAGCUCCUUUGUUCUUAUUCCAACAACAAGAAUGAAUUCUGGGUGUCACUACUGGAGAAGGCCUACAUGAAAGUGAUGGGAGGUUAUGAUUUUCCAGGUUCAAAUUCUAACAUUGACUUGCAUGCUCUGACCGGGUGGAUUCCCGAGCGAGUGAGUAUUCGCCCGAACGAGGCAGAUUUCAACAAGGACGCCCUCUUUAGGAAGCUUCUGGAGCGCCACCACCGUGGUGAUGUCCUUGUCACGCUCGCUACGGGAGAACUUAGUGACUCUGAAGCAGAACGCUCUGGUCUCGUUCCUACCCAUGCCUACGCGAUGCUGGAUGUCAAAGAAGUCUUGGGAAAGCGACUGUUCCUGUUGAAAAAUCCGUGGAGCCACCUAAGAUGGAAAGGAAAAUAUUCAGAGAAGGAUACGGUCAGUUGGACACCGGAUCUCGCAGAAGCAUUGCGCUACAACCCCAGGAACGCCUCCAUGUUUGACAACGGAGUGUUCUGGAUUGACUACGACUCCCUGUUGCACUUCUUUGACGUUGCUUACCUGAACUGGAAUCCAGGCUUAUUCCAGUACACCUACUGCACACAUCAGUCUUGGAAUGCAGUUGUAGGACCCACAAAAGAUGUGUACAACAUUGGUGAAAAUCCGCAGUAUACUUUGGAAUUAAGCAAGUCUGGUUGUGCAGUGUGGAUUUUGCUGACUAGGCACAUUACUGAUAGGGAUGACUUCGCCAACAACAAGGAGUACAUUGCCCUUCUCGUGUACAAAACAAACGGAAAGAAAGUAUACCUUCCAUUCGACCCCCCUCCGUACAUCGACGGAGCACGUAUCAACAGCCCACAUUACUUGUGCAAACUAGUGGUGCCACCUGGAGGUGACACCCGUUACACUCUGGUGAUAUCGCAGUACGAAAAGUCCAACACCAUUCACUACACUCUCAGGGCCUAUGCUUCGUGUCCUUUCCAGCUAUCGCGUAUUGGGAACCCAUACCAGUACGUUCGAGAGGAGAAGCGAGGUGCAUGGACAGCUGAGACGGCUGGUGGAUGCGGGAAUCAUCCCCAGACAUACGGGAGGAACCCCGUAUACCAGGCGUGUCUGCAAUCCCCAGACGACAACAACCAGGUGCUCAUCACUCUCAAGGGACCCAAGCAAUAUCAGCUGGGCUUUGAUGUGAUAGCUGUCACAGUAGAUGACCCAUCUUCCCCGUAUGCCUUCUCACGAAAAUCGUCAGGAAUGUACAAAUCCGGCUUCACAGUCCUGGAGAUGGAGCGAGUUCCAGCUGGCAUCUACAACAUAAUCCCGUCUACGUUCCAGCCUUUCCAGGAGGGACCUUUCUUCCUCACCGUCAGCUCUACGUGCCCCUUCAAAUUUUCUCGCCUCAGAUAGCACAUAAACUCUGUGAGCCAAAAUUCAUCCUAAGGCACCGAAAAUGUCACGUAGCCUUUUUAAUGUCACCUAGAGAUAUCAACUUUUUUUCAUCGUUGACCUCAUGAUGUAUGGUAAAUCUUGCUCACGCUGUUUAUGCACAAUAGUGUAUUGUAUGUAGACUCUUAGAAAUUUAGGGAAAUUAAUUUGCAUUGCCAUCAGAAGUGAAAAAUGUUGAUGUUUAAAAAUUCAUUGUAACGUUAUAUCGACAAAGGCUUCGUACAGCAGGUGCAGAAUAAUGCAGUGUCAAACAGCCCAGAUGGGACUGUCCAGGUGGGACUGUCCAGGUGGGACAGAAGUGUUGGGACAGAAGUGUUGGGACACAAAUUGCUGGGAUGCAUAGGCAAGGUUUCUUUGUGCCCUGCUGAUAUGUGCUGGAUGAUACCUCAGUUUAAUUGAGAAACGCUGUGUUUCAACGGUGCUCUACGAAAGAGCACCUCCUUUGCUGUACAGCCAGAUUUUUUAUUCAGCGUCACCGAAUGCUUAGCAGCAUAGCACGUUGCAUUUAAAGUUUUUACGUGCAGCACAUGUACCAUAUUGUGAUGUCCCUGCUGCUGAAGUGUAAUAGAUUUUUAAAAAUUACCAAGUUAAAGCUACUGCGUGUCGACAUUGACUGAAUGGUUAACCCCUUUGUGGCUUACAUGCGUGCGGGUGCUGUUUUUCCCAGAUAUUUCGUGGCACAAUUUCUAUGUACUUAUUCUGAAUCGUGUUGUGUGAGAAAUUGUAUAAUACUGUGAUAAAUUCCCUAUGGUAUGUAAAGAAUAAAAAUUUGUUAUGUUUGAAGGCUA